AUGACAAACACCUAUAUGAUGAUCUCAGACUCGAUCAAAGAGAGAGAGAUCUCCUACUGGUCGAUCUUUCCUUCUACACUCGAUUCGGCCAAGCGUGAAGAGCCACCUUUUCACGGUCUUCCUCUUCCGACAUUAGCGGAAGCCUGUUGCUCGUACAUGCCUGCCAAACGGAGUCCCUUGCUAACGGACUGCAAUCAACUUGAACACCUUGGGGUUGUCUCAGAGCCGCUGCAGAAGGCACCUGUGGCUUGUUCUCCGGCUGUAUGCCUGGACGAUGCUUCUAGCGCUGCUAGUCCUCCGAACAUCAAAUUCGACACGAGCACCGUGGCCAACGAGCCGUUCUUGUUUCCACACAGAGCUUUAAGCUCAAAGCAGGACCUGGUUGCGUCUGGCGUUAGGGAUAGUGAGUGCCUGCCCGCCGAUCACCUCAUUAGUGUCGCGCAUCAAGAGCCUGGAAUAGCCACCAGCAACAACGAUGCUGAAGUCCCACUGCCGAAAGUCGAAGUACCAUGGGAUUAUAGCUCCGUUGUGACAUUCAAUGAUAGCUUUAGAAGCGCAGAGGAGACGAAAGAUACCACCAGUGCUCUCACCUGGUCCAUACCUGAAGUUUAUCAAGUGGGAUGUGCAACGCAUUCGAGGGAUAUCAGCCACGAUGAACUGGCAUAUCCCGCACCUUGUGUGUCCAGCGCAACAGCCCAUUUAUGCAAUGAUGAGCUGAGUGGUACUUUCGACCAGCUGAUUUCAAUGCCGGAUCACUCUCCAGAUGACAGUUUUCAGUCCAGCCAUGACGGGUGGUCGGACAUUCCAAGUCCAUUAGCUGGAGUCUGUCCUGGCAAAACAGGCUAUCCUGACAUGCUUCCGGUCCCGGAGAGACAAAUGACAAGUCAGGCACCAACCUACUAUCAGCCUCUUCCAACAUACUCUUAUCAACACCAGGACUCGUCUACCUUUGCUCCUUCACAUCAUCCGCUCCCCCCUCCAUUCCAGCCGCAGUUAUCCCCAGCCAACGGACAUGUAGCGGUUGGGAUAGGAGGCGCACUCAGAGAAUCCACGAUGCGCGGAUCCGAUGCCAAGAACAAGCUCUUGAUCAAGUACAAGCAGCAAGGCUUUUCGUACAAGACCAUCAAGGAGGUUUGCAACUUCGCCGAGGCCGAAUCCACCCUUCGUGGCAGAUAUCGGACUUUGACCAAACCCAAGCACUCCCGAGUGAGAAAGCCGCAAUGGCAAGAUAGAGAUGUAAAGUUCAUUGAUCCCCACCCCCCUCCCUAUUGUUGGUUGCGUGAUUCAACUGUGAGCAUAAUCCCAUAUAUCGACCUUGAGUUUCUUACGUCCGUUCCUGUUGCAGAUUCAACUUCUUUGUGA